CACGGGGCCCCAGUGAGACUCGAGCCCAGUGUGGGAUAGUACGAAGCAAAGUGGGAUUCUCGGUUCUCGGUGCAGUAGCCUGAGCAGAACAGCAAACGAGCGAGCAGCAGCAGUAGCGGCACCGCACGUCGGCACACACCCAAUGUUUGUGUUUUUCCGAAAUUAAAGCCUGGACGCUUUUUCGUCAAUAAGUAUCGCGACGAAGAACUCAGGCAUGUAGGCUGAUAUUUUGACAUCGGUCUCGCGAGGUUCGGUGCGAACGUCAUGUGGACGACGACGAAAACGACCAAGUACUGCGUCGCGGUGUACAAUUGGAGAGGAGACACGCGCUAUGGAUUGCCACUCGAGAUCGGCGAGACUGUACAGAUCUUGGAAGAAUGCGCAGGCUGGUACAGAGGCUUCACCACGAAGAAUCGUGCGGUCAAAGGGAUAUUUCCCAGCUCGUACGUACAUCUGAAGCCCUGUAAGAUCGACAACGAAGGCCUCUUCGAGUCGGUCAUACCCCUGGAAGAUCCGGUCGUCCGGGAAGUCACCCUCGUGCUGCGAGAAUGGGGCUGCAUCUGGAAGAGGCUCUACGUGGAGCGGGAAAUAUACAAAUUCAACACUCUGCGGAAAGUUAUGAGGGAGCUUCUCGAAUGGCGGAGACAGCUCUUGGCCGGUACUCUGACCACGGAUCAAACCCGGGAGCUCAAAAUGCGAAUCAUCAACAAGGUCGACUGGGGCAAUCGAAAACUCGGUCUGGACCUGGUUCCUCGGCAGGGUGCUCACAUGGUCGAUCCCGAUACGAUGUCCGUCGUCGAGCUUUAUCACGUGCACGUUCAAAGCGCGGAAAAUUCGCAAGGGGCCUCGGCGCGGGGCACGCUCAGACGAAAAGAGCACAAAAAAGUGUUGACCCAUCACCUGUACUUUUGCAUGCGUGACUUUGGUCACUCGAUCGGCGAGGAUGCCGAGAUAUACUUUUCACUGUGGGACGCGCGACGCGGACAGUACCUGAGCGAGAGAUUUCUCGUGAAAAUAUCGAAGGAGGGCUUCUCGAAUUACGUAGAAAAGUUGCACAGCAAUUGUACGAUCUUUACGGAUCUCGGGAACGCCGACUUGAGCCGUGAUCUUCAUAUAAUCGCGCACGUUAUGCGGUGCGGUAGAAUGCAGUAUUCCGACUCGGGGCGCAACAAAGCCGGAAGCGUGGUUUACAGGCGACCCCACGGCGUCGGGGUACUCCCGUUGGCCGACGCUGCCCAGGAGCACGCCGAGGAGCUCGAAAUGACUUUCAAGGUCUUCCAAGGCGAAGAGAAGGAAUUCCAUCAACUCCACGAGCAAAUAAUACGCAACAACAAGUGUUCGCCGCUGCCGGGACAACCGAACUACGGAAUCGUCGUGUCGUUGCGGGUUUUGCACGGAGAAUUGUGCCAAGUCCGUGAGGAAAAUCCACUUUUAUUCAAAAACAUAUGUCUGACGAGAAAAUUGGGCUUUUCGGACGUCAUCAUGCCGGGGGACGUGCGAAACGAUUUGUUUUUGAGGCUCGAGCGAGGGGAGUUUGAGCGCGGUGGCAAGUCGACCGGGAAAAAUAUCGAGGUGACGAUGAUCGUGCUCGAUGCGGAGGGACACCCGCUCGAAGGAUGUUUGUUCGGCGGUGCCGGAGCGGAAGGCAGUUCCGAAUAUCAAAGUUUGGUUAUUUAUCAUCACAACAGUCCCUCGUGGGCAGAAACUGUCAGACUGGCUGUUCCGAUCGACAAGUUUUACGGCAGCCACAUUCGCUUCGAGUUUCGUCAUUGUUCCACAAGGGAAAAGAACGACAAGAAGCUAUUCGACUUUGCGUUCGUUCGUCUCAUGGAACCGGACGGUGGGGCAACGAUUCAGGACGGUAUGCACGAGCUAUACAUAUACAAGUGCGAAGAACGAGCGAAAUUGGACUCUCUGAGUUAUCUAUCACUGCCGAGCAACGCCCGCGAACCUUUUUCUCCGGGUGUAUCAGCCUUUACGAGGUCACCGAAGGAAGCCGUUUUCAUAACGACUUUAUUGUGCAGCACGAAAUUGACGCAAAACGUAGAUCUCCUCAGUCUGCUGCAGUGGAAGGCACAUCCGGAGAGAAUAGCCGAAGCUCUUGGACGAGUUCUCCGACUGGACGGUGAAGAAUUGGUAAAGUUUCUUCAGGACAUACUCGACGCGUUGUUCUCAAUGUUCCAUACCGAGGAUGGCAAUUCAACGACCCAUUCGGGCCUGGUGUUCCAAGUUCUCGUGUCGAUAUUCAGCCUUCUCGAGGACCCUAAGUUCGAGCACUUCAAGCCCGUUAUGGACGCUUACAUAUCGGGCCACUUUGCGGCAGCGCUUGUAUACAAAGGACUUUUGAGCAGCGUGCAACAUUGCGCGGAUUGGGUAACCGCCGCUGAGAGACAAGAGCCCAUUAUGAAGUGCUUUCGCUCCCUCGAGUACAUAUUCAAAUUCAUAAUACAGAGUAGAUUGUUGUUCGCGCGGGCGACCGCCGGUCAAUUCGAGGAUAGCUUCAAGCGGGAUCUCUAUUGCGUAUUCGCUGCGCUCAACAAAAUGCUUCAGAUACCGUACGAGGUCGUGUUGCUCUCCCAGGUCGCUCUGCUGCUUUCCAUUUCGGCUGUGUUCGAGCAGCUCGCCGCCGUUCUUCCGGCUAUCGAGGUUGCCAAACUCACGUGCACGAUGCUGGACUCGGUGCCGCGAGAGCCACCUCCUCAACUGAUGCAGGCGAAGCUCGUUGCCAUUAAAAAUUUGGCCAGUUCGAGUCUGUUCUGCGACGACGAAAGCCGAAAUUUGCUCCUCGUUACGAUAUGCCGACACCUGAGAAUUCACCUCGCGAGACGAGAGGAAUUGCGUUCUUGCACAGAGAUACUCGGCGAGAUACUGAGCUUUUUGCACGCCAGAGGACGCGACACGAACAAGGUCAACAAUUGCAUACAUCACGACGUCGAAACUCUCUGCCUCUCGAUAUUCGACGUGCUCGUACAAACGAUCCUGAUUAUCGUCAACGCGAGCGGACCCGUACUCGGCUGUCUCGUUGCCUGUCUCAUCGGUCUCCUCCAGCUUCUCGACGAGGAUCACUACGAGAGACUCUGGGAAGAAUAUACCCAGCAGCAUGGCGGAGGAGACAAGAAACCCCUCAAGGACAUGAUUCUACGGGUUUUCCUCGUCCUCGGGGAUCUCGUACGUCAGGAAGUAUUCCCGCCCGAUUGGCUCGUCAUACGAAUGCAAGCGAACAACAUCAUUCUGAAAUCGCUCCAGGAGCUCGUUCAGCCCCUGGCUUUUCGCUUUCUACACGGUAGCUCGUUCGAUUCGCAGCUCUGGUCGACUUACUUCAAUCUCGCGGUCGCCUAUUUGACCCAACCGUCUCUACAGCUUGAACAAUUUUCCGAGGUCAAACGGGAAAAGAUUGUCGAAAAGUACGGUGACAUGCGAGUGCUAAUGGGCUUUCAAAUACUCUCAAUGUGGUCCAAUUUGGGCGAACGCAAACUCGAGUUUAUCCCCGGCAUGGUGGGUCCCUUUCUCGAAGUUACCCUCGUACCCGAGAGUGAACUUCGCAAGGCCACUCUUCACAUUUUCUUCGACAUGAUGGAGUGCGAGCAACGGGCUCGGGGAAGUUUCAAAUCGGUCGAAUCGGAAUUGAUCGACAAACUCGAUAUUCUCAUUAGCGAGAACAAAGGGGACGACGAGUAUCGUCAACUCUUCAACACCAUGGAGCAUCUCAGCGCCGUGUUGCUGGCUAGAGUACAGUCGGAAGAUCCAGCGUGGAAGGACAGUGGCACGGCCUUUAUAACUUCGGUCACUAGAUUACUCGAGAGAUUACUCGAUUACAGAAGCGUUAUUCAGGGCGACGAGAAUCGUGACAAACGGAUGUCGUGCACGGUCAAUUUACUGAAUUUUUACAAAAACGAGUUCAAUCGGAAAGAAAUGUACUUGCGAUACAUUUACAAACUGCACGAUCUUCAUUUGGCCGCUGAAAAUUAUACCGAGGCAGGAUUCACGAUGAAACUUUACGCCGAUCAGUUGAGCUGGGAAGCUACGUUGUUACCAUCGGAUCACGCUCACCCUCAGCAACCCGAGUGGCAGCGGAAAGAGCUCCUCUAUCAUCAGAUCAUUCACUAUUUCGAUCGUGGCAAGUGCUGGGAAAAGGGUAUACCACUGUGCAAAGAAUUAGCUGUUUUGUACGAGACGCGGCUCUACGAUUACGCCAAACUCAGUCUAAUACUGAAAACGCAAGCCAAAUUUUUGGACAAUAUUCUAACACAGCUGAGGCCCGAACCCGAAUAUUUCCGGGUUGGAUUCUACGGUCUGAGUUUUCCGCUCUUCGUCAGGAACAAACUGUUCAUCUAUCGCGGAUUGGAGUACGAACGAGUAGGAGCAUUCACGCAAAGGCUACAAACGGAAUUUCCGAGCGCGCAGAUACUCAUGAAGAGCGCACCUCCCGACGAGAGUAUUAUUUCAUCGGAAGGCCAAUAUAUUCAAAUAUGCAACGUCAAGCCGAUUCCGGAAGAGAACAGCCUUGGAUGCACUUCGGCCGAAGUACCCGACCGCGUCGUUGCAUUUUAUCUCGUAAACGAUGUACGAAAGUUUUUGUUCGAUCGACCACUGCACCGAGGCCCGGUUGACCGUGAAAAUGAGUUCAAAUCGUUGUGGAUCGAGAGGACGACAUUGACAACCGAGGCAAAGUUGCCCGGGAUUCUCCGUUGGUUCGAGGUUAUCGAGAGACGCUCCGAACUUUUGGCACCGGUACAGUACGCUUGCGAGACGAUGCAGAGCGUUGAAAGAGAGCUGAGAAGAUUAGUCGCCCAAUAUACCGCGGAACCCCAUAGAAACAUCAAUCCCUUCAGCAUGAGGCUCCAGGGUAUAAUCGAUGCGAACGUGAUGGGUGGAAUAACAAAGUAUCAGGAGGCUUUUCUCACCCCAGAGUUUUCGAGGCUCAAUCCCGAAAUGGUACCGCACGUAAAUAAAUUGAAAAAUCUUAUUCUCGAUCAAAUGAGCGUUUUGGAGUCGGGACUCGUUCUUCAUGGACAAAUUGCGCCCUCGGGUGUCCAACCGUUGCACAAGAGGCUCAUUGAGAGAUUCACACAGUUGAAGCAGAGCCUAGGACCAUUGGCCAGGCAACGCAUCAUUCACCAAGACAGUAUUAUCAACUCGCCUCUACCUCCAUUGCCAAGUAAUGAUAAACAACGUCCGGCAACUCUCGAGACACCUGGUUCGAGAAUCUCAAACGCCGAUAGCGAUGGACUACCAGAGGAUGAAGGAUUUUAUACACGAGUGGAGGGUGCUCCUCCGCCAAUUCCACAGCGCGAAGUCAGACCGAGGUCGGUCGGAUAUGGAACAACGCCGCCUCGACCGACGCAUCACAGAACACUUAGCAAACCCUUAAGUCCGAAACUACCUCUCAGGCAUUCUUUGCCAACGCCUACAGAAGCGGCCGUGUCAGCAGCAGCAACAGCAGCAUCAACCGAUCAUCAAACAAAUAUUACAAACUCGUGGGGCGAAUCGGAGCAAGCACCACCUUUACCCCCUAGAGCACCAGAAAAGCGGGAAAUCAAUUCCGGGCCGCCGGCACCUCCGAAACGUCCGACGCACAAACGCAAUACAGAAUGGAGCGCCGGUGAGGACGAGCAAGAUGCACCAGCCACGCAACCACCACCCCCGCCAGCCAACGAAACUAAUUAUCUACGGGACAGUGGAAUUUCGACGACGAGUCUUCUUGAUUUUCAAUCUCAUUUGACCAACCUUAAUAAUCUUAGUUACGAGGAGUUUGAACCACGCUCGAGAAGCAACGAUAUCAUGAACAUUUCACCUCCAUCCACGACUACCGCUCUCAAUGUUUCAGCAGCCGCGCUCCAAAAUUCUCAUACGAUUCUCGAUCAAGAGACAAGUCCACCACCGAUUCCGCCAAAGGCACACCAGGAAGCUCCGUCAGCGCCUUCGACUUUGGAGAGAGUCAGUAAUCGCAUUCAUGGCUCGGCUCACACCGAAAAUUACUCCGUACCGAAAUUACAGACCCUCUCAGUCGCAUCGGACACCGAGAGUACGGUCUAGCCAUUAAAUCCCUUCCCUUAUCCAUGUGCGUGUCUAUACGUAUUCGUAUACACGUGUGUGUUAUAUCCUAGUCCCCUAGCAGUUAGCUGUCAUCAGGCGAGAGAACCCUUUCGGCCUUGUCAUCCAAUUUUCACCUCGUUGAGGUAGCCAAGUUUGAUCAGUGUUUUAUCUAAAAAAAAUCUCCCUCGCAAUUUUUUUUUCUUUAAAUCGUAUCUUUAAAGAAAAUGUUUACCUUCCACUCAAUUAUCCGCUUCUAUUCGCAAUCCUGAAAAAAAUCACGUAUUUCCUUUUGACGUUUCAUACAAUUGGCUUGGAGCCCUCUCUAGCUACCUUGACGAAGGUGCUGCUGCGAUAGUGAGGAGAGAAAAGUUCAAUGGUCCUCCUCAGAUCUCUCGUGAGUGUAAUCUAGUAACUUGUCCUCGUAGUUGUAAAUGAAACGUAUUCGGAAAAGCCAAUUCCUGCAACGACUAAUGAUCGCGGCAAAGAUAAAAAAAGAAUAUAAUAGUAAUAACUGCUCGUUUUUCACAUUCUCGAGCUGACGAGUAUCAAUUUGCAAAUUUCUGCAUCACACCGAGAUACGAAGUUGCAUGUAUCAUUUCUACGUAAAAGUACUUUCUGUCGCAUACCGGAGUUGGAAAAAAAGAGAGACGAGUAAACUGUUUUUGGUUGGUCUCCGAACGAUACGAAUCGCUCGUAAAGCAUCAUCGGCAUGAUUCGUCAUUAAUUCGAUUACGUUUAUCGUGAGCAUCGCUAUUCGUAACAACAGCGCCACAAAUAAGGCUGCUCCGACUUUUACGUUGAUGACUUUGCUACGUCAAGUAUUAUUGUAACUAUAUAUUUUGUAAUUUAUUUAUACCUUAUCAAUGGAGAGAAAACAAUAUUAUACAUUAAAAAAAAGCAUUUUUCCAAAGGCGCAAAGCACAAAUGGGAGAUUGAAGGCAGUGAGGAAUUAAAUAAUGAAAUGAGGUGUAAUCCGUAGUUUCGAGAUUUAGGAUAUAUAUAUAUAAAUUAUGUAUUUUGUCAUGUUUCUUCGUAUAAAUAUAUACAAAAGUUUUUUUUA